AGAGUUGUCAGAGCGCUGAGCCCCACGCGGAGGAACGCUCUUGGACUUGGCCGUUUGGGAAUCAGGACUCUGAACAAGUUUGCCAGCGUUUGACCCUGCCCGUGUGACCAGCGCUCCGAUGCUGAAGAUGGAGCCUCUGAACAGCACCUACCCCAGCACCACAGCCCCUAGCCGCCCCCUCGGGUCCCACGUCCCCAGCGAUGGCAGCAGCAAUGGUAACGAAUACUUCUACAUCCUGGUGGUCAUGUCCUUCUACGGUAUUUUCUUGAUUGGAAUCAUGCUGGGCUACAUGAAAUCCAAGAGGCGGGAGAAGAAGUCCAGCCUCUUGCUGCUGUACAAGGACGAGGAGAGGCUGUGGGGGGAGGCCAUGAAGCCGCUGCCCAUGAUGACGGGGCUGAGGUCGCUGCAGGUGCCCAUGAUGCUGAACAUGUUGCAGGAGAGCGUGGCGCCUGCCCUGUCCUGCACCCUCUGCUCCAUGGAGGGGGACAGUGUGAGCUCCGAGUCCUCCUCCCCUGACGUGCACCUCACCAUCCAGGAGGAGGGGGCCGACGAUGAACUGGGGGAGACUUCGGAGACACCCCUGAACGAGAGCAGCGAAGGGUCCUCAGAGAACAUCCAUCAGAAUUCUUAGCACCCCUAGAGCCUCUGGAGGCGGCCCCAUCAGCCUGCACCCUUGGGGAGAGGAAGGACAUUUAUUGUGUCUGGUUUCACUUUUUGCAGUGCAGCUGCCACUCUGAAGGGACCCCUGCAAACCCCUGAAUGGGGCGUGGUGGGGACCACGCCCAGCUGGAGCCAGCAGCAGCCAGGAGUCCGUGAAGCGCCUGUGGUGUGCACGCACCGCUGCAAAAGCUCUGAAGACGAGCAGUGUGUACAUUUACUUUGGGGCCCGGGGCUUGGGGUUCCUGUGCAGAAGUUGGCAGGCAGGGGUGCUUGCUCUUGUUCUCUCACCAGAUGCCACUCCCAGGCCUGCCAAAUGCCCAGGACAUGCUGGGGGACUAGGUUUCAUUUGCUAAUUUGCCUAGAGCUUUGUUCUCCUAGAUAUGAUUGGCUGUAAGUACCCCAUUGUUUACCUGUGGCAUUAGCCCUUCUUUUGGAGGUCUUUUGGGUUGGGAGGGGGACCUUUAACGGAGGACUUUCCAUGGGAGGAAGCUGGAGAUCUGAACCUGGCCUCUUUGCAUACCAAAGGGGAAAAUAACUGCAACCUUUAAACUUGUUAACAUUGGCUGGGAUUGUAAGACAUGACCGUUUCUCUAACCUAAGACCCUGAACUCUGAUCGGGGGACCAUCCAGCAUUUCAUACUGGCAUGAAGUUUUUUCAGUGGAAAGGGUUUCUCUAGAAUCUGAGCUGCACCCCAGACGACUGUGCAGGGCACUCUUCCUGACCUUUUCAGAAGGGGUGCUGGUGGGGGGUGAACAAAGCCGACCAUUAGCGCUACUGCUGCUCAUUUCCCAGCCUAGUUUUCUGAGCUGGGAGAGGACACACCGUGGGCCUCUGUGGUGCGGCCUUUCAUCAUGUCGCCGACACGCAGAAGGGCAUACUCAGGCAGAAAUUGCAUAAAGCGGGGGUCCGAGUCCUGUGUCCCGACCCCACCCCCUGACACUGAUGUGCUGUGUGGUCCUGGGCAUGUUAUCGGGAGGGGAGGCUUGCAGCCUUCGUGAGACUCCUGAUGAGCUGCAUCCCCAGGGGGCUGGAAGGAUGUCUUUAACUUUUAAGAGUCUGUGAUAAAUCCUGCAUGGCCUGGUGUGGGGAAGCUUGGACAAAAUACUUCCCCUUUGGCCAGUUAGUCUGAAAUAAGAUCUGUUUUAAAGGAGCAGUUGGAGACCAGGAACAUAAGUGACUGGGAAAUUCUGAGCGAAUCACCAACUCAUCCAGGCUGUCGUUGUCCCCGGCCGUGACCCAAAGAGCCAGAUACUGCAUUUUACUCUGCAAAGUUCUCUGGGGUCUGGAAUGUUAACCCUCCAGCUAAGGGAACGAGAAACCCAAACGCAAAUGCUCAGGAAUGCCUGCCAACGUCUCCCUGUCGUCCCGGGGUCUGUGGCUUUGCAGUGGACCCUCCAGGCCCUUGAACACAAGGAGGAAGAGAACCACACCAAAAGGUCAAAUUUAAUUCUAGUAAAAACAAACAAACAAACAAAAAACCCUUAAGAAAACCAAACAAGCUUACUCUCCUUGGAUAGGAGACAGCAGUAACUACUGUUCCCACGGAAGGGUUAACAGUGCAGGAGCUGGUUUACCAGCAUGCCUUGACACAGAGGACAUUUACGUCUGGGGGGGAAAGGGGCCUCGUUCACUUUAAAAUUCGGAGUGUGGAUUUACUCCAAAGGGGGCUGUGUAAGGUGAAAGAAGCCAAGUUAAGCUGGCCCCUUGCCUGGAAUCACUUGAAUUCUGAAACUUUACUGCAACGGAGAUGUGCGUGGUCACAUUUUCCAUUGCUUCAUCCUGAAAUUCGGUGCAGACCUAGCUGCGCCUGUGAAAAAGCGCUGUACAUACUUCCUUCUUGUUUUAUUAAGUCGUAUGAAAUUGUCCUCUGUAUUUAACAGUUUGUCAUUUUCACGAUAUUUUUUAAUUUAAAUAAACAAACACAUU